AACCCUGUUUGGGGUUUUAAUGCAUUUUUAUUUUUCGGGGUUUUAGGGCGUCUCAUUAUCUAUAAACCCCAACUAUGAUUCUCAGCCUCUGAGAUUUCCUAUUUUCCAUUUGGGAAAAAACACAAACACAUGGAGGCUAUUCUUUCUUUACCCAAAACCAUAGGGAAAACAAUUUCACUUUGAUUUUUCCCAGGGUUUAAACUGAAAUGGAAGAGUUCGGCGACGAUUUCGGUGAUCUUUACACCGAUGUUGAAAUCCAAUCAAGUUCAGCCAUCAAUGGCAUUCCAGGCCUUGCCAACUCGUACAUUGAACCCAUGGAAGAAGAAGAAGAAGAUAACAAUGUUACCAAUAAACCUAACCCUAACCAGGGUCUGGGUUCCAAUUCGCAGAUAUUUGAUGAGGUCCACGAAAGUUCGGCACAGAAAACAAUGGGUUCGGAGUUGAAUAUGGAUAGUGGGAGUGAUAGUGAUAGUGAUAGUGAGGAUGAUUUAAAUAUAGUUUUGAACGAUGAGGAUUGUAAGAAUUUUCCGAGUACGAGUGGUGGGAAUGGAGGGGUUGUAGGAGGUGGUGGUGGUGGUGGUGGUGGUUAUGGUGAUGAUGAGGAUGAGGAUGAUGGUGAUGUUAAGAAUGAUUUUGUUGUUGUUGAGGAGGGAAGUGGGCCCAGUAAGAUUCAGAAGCGGGGCAAUCAAUCCGGCGAUGGGUUGGAGCCGACCUCUAAUGGGGAGAGAGGAAAUGGUGUGAGGGGUGGGUGUAAUUCGCUGUAUCCGCAGUACAAGUACAUGAGACCUCAUGGAUCAGUAUUUGCAAGCAAUAUAAAAGGGAAUGGAUCUGUGGGAAUGGCUUCGUAUCCUUCCAUGUUGACUAGAGGUGACCAGGAUGAUACUACGUGCAACCAGCACAAAGGCUCAAUUGCAAGUCAGGUUGCUCAAGUUCGUGCUACAGCCAAUGCGGUUGUGGGUCAAAGUGGAUAUGGUUUCUCCCUUCCUUGGUAUAGGACCAUACUUGAUAUAAAUAUUGAUACAUUUGAGGAUAAGCCAUGGAGGUUUCCUGGAGUAGAUAUUACAAAUUUCUUCAAUUUUGGUUUCAAUGAAGACACUUGGAAGCAGUACUGCAAAUCUCUGGAGCAAAUUCGGCAACAAGCAUUCCUGCAGACUGGGAUCCCUAUGUAUGAGUCGUCAAAAACUAACCAGGCUCAUGAAGCUGAAACUGAGUAUGAGAGAGGACGCCAGAAUCCAAUGGUGGAGGAAAGCUACCAAGUUGGAUUGCAGAGGAUAGUUUCUCCUUCAUCAAACAAAGUGAGACAGUUUGAAAUGCCAAGAGGUAGAGCAAUUCAGGUUGAAGACAGCACUAGCGAACGCCAGCCAUCUACGGAUUUAAGGCGUGCACGUACUCGGGAUUCUGAUGUUGUGAUACAGAUUACUGUGCAGGACCCCAUUGAGGACUCCUCUGGUUCUGGCAAGGAGGAAGAAUACCAUAAAGAUAGCCCUGUACAUGAGGCAUCUGAAAAGGGAGAUUCUGAUGGACAUGGCAGGGAUAUUCGCUGUUCUCGUAAUGCCAGUGGAAAUGAACCAUCUGUAGAAUCUCUGGAAGGCAAUAUCAGAAGAUCAGACAGGCCUUCUUCUCUGAAAAGGUGUUCCCAGUGGGCGAUUGCAUCUAACCCAAUGAAUCUGAGCUCUGAUAAUCUUGAAGAUGAAAAGAUCCCUGAUGCGAAUGGGCAUCACCAUCGAAAGCUGAAGGUUGGCCCUUCAGGAGUCACUGAAGUAAUGGAAACAGUUAGCAAAACACAGGGUAGGGUUGGCAGGAAUUUCUGCGGUGCAGAUCCUUGUAUGACGGAAACAGAAUUAUCAUUUGACGAUCGUGGUCAGCUUAGCCUGGACUCGCCCUGUUAUGGAAGUGAUUCCGAAGGUUCCAGAGAUAGUGUUUAUGUUGAUACUGAGAAGACUCAGAGUCCUUUUAGAAAGUCAUCACUGAAUUCUAGUGCUGAAUUACCAGAGUCUGUCACAUCCUCUGACAAGAACUUCAAAAGCAGCAACAUCAAAUCAAAAUCAGGUGUUGGCAAUUCAAGAAAUAAAGGUUCCAUUCGAGAGGAACAGGAGCAUCGCAGUAGGAGAGAUAAUAGUGUUGCUAAACCUAAAAUUCACACUGCAGAUAAUAAUGAUGCCUCCCCCAUGUUGGUUGCAGAGGACCUAUGUGACAGGGAUGACUUGGUUAAAUGUAGCAGAUGGAAGGAAAUGAAUCAAGGUUUUGGAUUUCAAGAUCGAGAAUAUAUUCCAUAUCAUAGGGAAAAAGAGCUUUCCAGCCGUUAUAGUGGUGAAACGUUUAUGGACAAUGACAAUGAGAGAGUUUACAGAAAACCUCCUUAUUCAAGAGGUAAUUACAGAUUGAGAAAUGAGAUUGAUUCGUAUGUUAGAAAAAAAUGGGAUGAAAGGGAUUACUGUCACGAACAAAGAAGUCCUAGAGUAUAUAGUGAAGACAGGGAUAGAGAUUGGUAUUAUUAUGGGGAAGGACACUCUACUGAUUACUUCAAUCAUCUCACUUAUAGGGAGUCGCAGUUGCAUUCAAGGUAUUCUUCUUGCAGCGUUGAAGAAAGGGAUACUUUCUGGAGAAGCAAGCAUGGUGAACCCCAACUUAGGAAGAAAAUAAACCAUUCUCAUUGGCUUGAUCGUAAACAUGAAGAUAACUUUGUGCCAGAAAAACAUAAGAGAUCUGCUUCAUUUGCUAACAGCAAUAGGGAUUCUAUGGAUGAAAAAUAUGAAAGACAAAUACCAUAUGGUAGGGGAGAAUUGAAAAGCUCUGGCAGAAGGGGUAGGUAUGGUGACAGUCCCACCCUAGAUUUGGAUAACCCUUGGUAUGGGGAAACUGAAGAUGGCUAUGGGAGACUGAUGGAUCGUGACUCAGUAGACUCUCAGUUUUACAGAGAAACUUAUUCAGCUGGAAGAUAUCAGCAUGAUAACAUGUCUCCAAGAAAUAAUGCAUAUGACUCAAGAUUAAGUGAAAGAUUUGGGAGACGUAGAAGACAUAUAUGCACUGGGGAAGUUAGGGACAGUGGUUGGCUUGAUAAUUAUAAUGAUGCUGAUGAUGUAGAAGAUCGUAUAGUAUAUCCUGAUGAUCAGGGCCAUCUGGGGCUGAGACGAUAUAGCUGGCAAUCUAGAGUCCUUCACUGGACCAAGGAUGAAUUAAUCUUAAGGCAUCGAGAUGCCAAAUUGUAUUCAGAAGAGGCAUCCCUUUCCUAUGACAAAAUCACUAGGCAUGAAAAGAUUCAUGCAAGAUAUGGAUCUGUACAUGAUGGGGUGCUUAAUGAUGAAAUGCAAAUACAGCGAGAUAAAGUCAAAGUGAUAAAAAAAGGAAGUAGCACCAACUGUAUUAAUAGAAGUUCUGAGAUUAUAAAUAGAGAUGAGCAUGAGCAGGCAGUGCUGAGGUGCAGGGAUUCAGUUAACUUUGUUGUUGGGGAUGGAAAGUCCUCCAGAAGACGUUCCAAAGGCAGAAGUUUUAUGGGCAAUGGUAGGUCUGAAAACAUAGAUCAGAAGACUGAGAAGCGGACAACUUUGAUGGAUUAUAAUGACCCUCAUAUGGAGAAGGCAGUCCACCCGGAAACCUCAAAAAUUGAGGGCAGCCAAAACAAUCCAAAAUGGCUUGACAAGUUUCCUAUAACUGAACGCAAUGAAGAUUUGGACAUUGAGGAGGGUCAGAUAGUAACGGAAGAACCAAAUACAGAGGUCUCUACUGGAAGGAGAUAUGCCACUGAAGAUGCAGCACUGACCUGCAACAAUGGUUCUGAUGGAAAUAAGUUUGUUGGGGAUUAUGACAACCAACGGUUUCUUGAGACAUUAGCAAAGAUGGAGAGACGUAGGGAGCGCUUUAAGGAGCCCAUCACUUUGAACAAAGAACCAGGCAUGUGUCUCAAGCCUCAGGUUGAUUUGAUAAUUGAUACAGAUGAAACUAAGCAACAGAGGCCAGCUCGAAAGAGGCGGUGGGGUGGAAGUUAGGUUCUUACAGUUACAGCUGGCUUUAGUUUUUGUGGUCAUAUCAGAUUUGGUCUCAGGGCUUCAGUUACACCUCACAAGAGUUAUUUCUCUGAAAUAAGAUAUCAAAUUGAUUCGCCAAUUGGAUUUCAAGCUGGCCAGUGGGAAUAAACAACUCUAAUCCA